GCACGAGUGCACGUCGAAGUACGAACUUCGGGUCGGUGACAACGGCCAGAAGGCAAGAAGAUCCGUGGCCGAUGAACCCAGCGCAGCUCCUCGAGUCGACGACCGGCGCGCAUUGUGGCGCCACAACACCGCUGCGCCAGCGGCCUCUGCGCCUCAAGCCAUCGACGACGCUCCACGCGCACCAGGAAGCUGCGCUCGGCUGGAUGGUCGGCCGCGAAGCCGGCACGUCGUCGCUGCGUGGCGGCGUCUUGGCCGACGGCCCCGGCCUUGGGAAGACGCUCACGACCUUGAGCUGUCUGGCGCUGCAUCCGUCGACCGACCCGACGCUGAUCGUCGUGCCCAACGCGCUCCUUGCGCAGCAAUGGCUCGGCGAGAUGGCGCUGCAUUUCGAACCCGACACGUGGUCGACGCUCACGUACAACCCGCGCAAGCACGAGAAGCUGUCGUUCGACGCGUCGCGCCCGCCGCCCGUCGUGCUCGUCUCGCUGCACGACAUGGGCCUCGAGUGGCAUCUCUUCCAGUCCGAGCAGAGCGAGCGCGGGCGCGCCACCUCGGUGCUCUUCCACGUGCGAUGGCACCGCAUCGUUGUCGACGAAGUGCAAGACAUUCUCGGCUCGGGUACGUCGUUGGCCGCGUCGAUGGUGCAAGCGCUCGACGCCCACGUGCGCUGGGGCCUCUCGGCCACGCCGCUCUCCAAGCCCAUCGAUCUGCUCGGGCUCGCCAAGUACCUCGCUCUUCCGCCGUUCGACGACCCAGCCUACUGGACCCACAUCGACCCCCGCAACGCAGCGCAUGCGGCGUCGAUUCAGUCGCUCUUGCAGGACAUUGUGUGGCGCACGCCGAGCACGUACGCUGUCGAGACGCUGCAGAUCCUCCCGCGUCAAACCGAGCUGCCAGUGCGUGUUGUGCACAUGUCGGCGCUCGAGUUUGCGGCGUACCAGCCCGACUAUGAACGGUUUAGGUCGUGGAGCUCUGUGUGGACGAUACCACGAACGACGCACAAGCCGGGCAAAGCCUUGCGAAGGAGCACGACGUAAAUGCCCGCGUGUCCUCGUCGCCAACUACCUACUUGAUGGUCACUGACAUUGCCUAAUGGCCUAUACUCUUGGAUGCUAUUGCGCGUCCACCGACAG